CAACUUGUUAUCAAACAAAAACACUUUUGGAAAUGUUCAGCUGUUUGCAAAUUUAGUUUUAUUUACAUUUUAUAUAUUCACCUGUUGUUAUUAAUUGCUCAAAAUUUAAAGUGAUAACAUAUACAUAAAUUAAAAAACAAAACACUCAACGCAAAAAAAUGCUUCGUCACUUUAGAUUUCUAUUAAAUACAGCCUUCACUACUGCAAACAAACUUCCUUUGACUAAUAUGUGUGCCGCCAUGUCCACCUCCAGUGCCAGUAAUAAAUACUGUCAAAUUACCGAAAGCAAUGGCGUACGUGAAAUUAUACUUAACGAUGCAAAAACACGUAAUGCCUUAUCGCUCACCAUGAUGGAUGAGUUAUUGGCAGGAUUAACAAAAACUUGGCAUGAUACCAAUUUACGUUGUAUAGUUUUAUCUUCUACGGGACCGGUUUGGUCGGCUGGUCAUGAUUUAAAGGAAUUGGCUCCCGAGUGUGGUGUCCAACAGCAUACUGCCGUUUUUGAAAAACUAACAAAUAUCAUUUACAAUAUACGCAAAGCUCCGGUGCCGGUCAUAGCUAAAGUUAAUGGUAUAGUAGCGGCUGGUGGCGUACAGCUGGUAGCCUCCUGUGAUAUUGUGGUGUGUUCGGCGAAAAGUUCUUUCAUAACGCCCAGUGCCAACUUUGGUGUCUUUGCCUCUACCCCUGCCGUUGCCAUGUCACGCAUAAUGCCACACUCCAAAUGCUUAGAUAUGUUAAUGACUGGCCACCCCAUUACUGCCGAAGAUGCCUAUAAAAUCGGUUUAGCUAGUCGUGUGGUACCCGACGAAGAGCUCAAUAAUGAAAUGAAUAAAAUCGUGAAUGCUAUAAAAAAUAAAAGUCGUUCGGUAUUGGCUUUAGGUAAAGAGUUUUUCUACCAACAAUUGGAAUUGCCUUUGGAAGAGGCCUAUAAACAGGGUACAAAGAAAAUGACUGAAAAUCUUCAGCUAGAAGAUUCAAAAGAAGGUGUUCGCGGUUUUAUGGAAAAACGUAAACCAGUAUGGUCUCAUUUGUAAAUGACACUCUAUAACUAGCUGCCUUUAAAAUGAAGCCUUAAAGUAAUAAGAAUAGUAAAACUUAUAUAUUUAUAUAUAAUUUUGAAGCAAAUCAAAAGUCUUUACACGGCUAUUAAAGAUUUAUACAUAUUUAUUUUUUUAUGUGACUUAUUUAACUGGUUAUGGUUAUAAUGCAUUUAUAUUUUCAAUUUUACCUAAAUAAAUUAUUUAGUAUUUUUAUGAAAA